AUGCCGGUCCAGCCUCCAGGCAAAGACACGGAAGAGAUGGAGGCAGAAGGCGACUCAGCAGCUGAGAUGAAUGGGGAGGCGGAUGAGAGUGAGGAGGAACGAAGCGGCAGCCAGACUGAGUCCGAGGAGGAGAGCUCAGAGAUGGAUGACGAGGACUAUGAGCGGCGCCGCAGUGAGUGUGUCAGUGAGAUGCUGGACCUGGAAAAGCAGUUCUCGGAGCUGAAGGAGAAGUUGUUCAGGGAACGGCUGAGCCAGCUGCGCUUACGACUGGAGGAAGUGGGGGCUGAGCGAGCCCCAGAAUACACUGAGCCGCUGGGAGGGCUGCAGCAGAGCCUAAAGAUCCGUAUUCAGGUGGCAGGGAUCUACAAGGGCUUCUGCCUGGACGUGAUCAAGAAUAAGUAUGAGUGUGAACUCCAGGGAGCCAAGCAACACCUGGAGAGCGAGAAGCUGCUGCUGUACGACACACUGCUUGGGGAGCUGCAGGAGCGGAUCCAGAGGCUGGAGGAGGACCGCCAGAGCCUGGACAUCAGCUCUGAGUGGUGGGAUGACAAACUACAUGCCAGAGGCAGCUCAAGGACCUGGGACUCACUGCCACCCAGCAAGAGAAAGAAGGCACCGCUCGUUUCUGGCCCUUACAUUGUAUACAUGCUGCAGGAGAUCGACAUCCUGGAAGACUGGACGGCUAUCAAAAAGGCCAGGGCAGCAGUGUCCCCUCAGAAGAGAAAAGCAGACGGACCCUGACCCUGCGUUACACACUCAAAGGGUCCUUGGAGCAGAUGGUACCGCACACAGGACUAACAUUUCUCUGCAAAGGCAGAGGGUUGCCUAGUAACUCUUCAGUGUCCCUGCUGACCCCUGACCACCUGCUGCCACUGGCCUGGACUCCUCUCCUCUCCUUGGGAUCUGCAUAACUGUGGCCCUGAAGCUGACCUGGUCAAGCAAGACUGUUGUCUCCAACUCUGAGCAGCCCACCCCUUCCCAAAGACUAACUUCCUCAGUGUCCCCCAACAAAGAAGAUGAGCCUUAUCCAAAUCAACACAGCAGCCAUGCUGACUGUCAGCCCUGGCCCUCAGCCACUG